CAACAUGAAGUUGCCUUUGAGAAAUACAAUUUCUAAAAUCGAAAUAAUAGAAGAUGACAUUCCAAGUCUACCAAAGAUCAGAAGUUUUGACAAAAUUUCAUCUAUACUAUUUUUCAUGCUGCUCCUUGCGGCGAGUGGCAUAAGCUACAUUUUGUACCAAGCGUAUCAUCAUCAGAUUGAAAAGCACUUGGCGCACAAUGAAAUCAAGAAGCUUGUGCAAGAGAGUUUCGCUAAGAGCAAUGAGAUAUUUAAGAGCGGCCAGGUCAUCGUCGAAGUACAGGUACGCGAUAAGAAUCGAAAUCUGUUAUGGUUCAAACAUAUAGACGAGGAGAAUCUAAAGGAUGAGCAACAAGUUGAAAAAGAGAUUAUGACUGAAUUUGAAGAAAUAGAGAAUUCGAUAGUGCCGGUAUCGUCAGUGCGGAACAGUCGAAGCAUCCAUUUAUCGUACUUGGUGUCGCAUCAAACGCAAUUCGUUAACUGCGACAAUUUCAAGCCACGUCCUCGUGGUAAAUAUUUGGUGCCGCCGUCUCUUCACGCAUUACACAUGUGUUACCAAUACGGAGUGAACAUGGACGAGCUCAAGCGUGGAAUUCUGAAAAGAGAAGGAGGCAAUGAAUUGAGGUACAAUUUGCAUGAUCUUUACGUGGCGUGCCACGAUGUAUUUAACGAUCAAAUGGAUGAAUUGACGAGUGAACUGAGAAACGAUUACGAGAAAUGCAAGUGGUCUGGUGCACUUAAUGAAAAUCAACAGAGGGUUGUCGAGGAAAGAUUUGCUCCUCGUUUCGCUUCAUCAAACUCGCCGGCCAAUCUUGAAGCAAGCACAAUAUUAUCAGCAGUGCCAUCGACAGAAAUCUCAAGACCAGUAAGAAUAGAUCCUCGAGCGUAUGUCGAAUGUAGUCACGUGGAAACUGAGAUGUUCGAAGACUGGUUCGAUAGUCCGAGCCCGGAGGCAUUGCAACGUUGCCACGAGUUUGGCGUUACCUACGAUGAGCUUCGUCGAGGAAUUUCACAAAAUCCACAGCCGGAACAGACGAGAUUAGACGUGGGUAAUCUUUACGUGUCUUGUCGGGAUGUGUUCGACGGAAAUUUGGAGUACUUGUCGAACGAACUUAAGGCCGAUUAUCGAAGAUGCAAACUUGCUAGGGCCCUUAGUAAGGAAACUCUGGACAAAGUUGAAAGAAAAUUUUAUGAAGCUUUGUCCGACGAACGAGAAGUUACUAGUAGAAGGCCAAUGACAACAUCAUCAACAGCAAGAACGACGACAACGGAAAUCGUGAUGACAACUAGUGAUGACUACUUCGAGCGGCAAACGACGACGACGACAGCAGUGAAUAAACCGCCUGCUUUCGCCAAUUGUAAACGCGUAAAAAACAAGGACUUCUACAUUUGUAUAAAAGUGAUCACAACACAUCCAAAGGAGCCCGACUAUUAACGUCUGGCGCGUCUGUAUAUAGGAAAGUCGGAAGUGCGCAUUGGAUCCAAUGUUUCCGCUUAGAUUUAUUUUAUUCUAUUUUUGUUUGCCCAAAGCUGUGAUGGCAUUUUCGUAGAACUGCUUUGGAAAGUUUCUUGUUAGCUUCAGCUGUACUUGUUUUUUUAUCUGUACUAAUUUUAACGAUGUCAACGCAGUGUAAUUGUCACGCGAUUAAAAAUGGUAAAAAAAAUAAAUCAAUUUACGUGU